AUGCCUCUCCGCCUUCGAGUCGACGGAUCCGUCUUCCGCGAUGGACACAACCGCGAGGUCACUCUACAUGGAAUCAACGUCGCCGGCGAUGCCAAAUAUCCCCUGAACCCAGACCAAUGUUCGCACAUCAAGGACAAAUUCUUCCAAGGUGAUGACGUCUCCUUCGUUGGACGACCUUUCAGCCUCGACGAGGCCCACACGCACUUCGACCGCUUGAAGAGAUGGGGAUACAACACAAUUCGUUACAUCUACACCUGGGAGGCUAUCGAGCACGCUGGUCCUGGAAAGUACGACGAAGACUGGAUCAAGCACACCAUCGACGUCUUGCGCCUGGCCAAGAAGUACGGCUUCUACGUCUUCAUGGACCCUCACCAGGAUGUCUGGUCGAGAUACACUGGCGGCUCAGGUGCUCCCAUGUGGACCAUCUAUGCCUGCGGUCUGAACCCUCAGGCUUUCCUUGCGACACAGGCUGCUUUUGUUCAAAACACAUGGCCAAACCCUGCCGAGUUUCCCAAGAUGGUCUGGGCUACCAACUACCAGCGUCUAGCCUGUCAGACCAUUCUCACUCUCUUCUUCGCCGGCAAGGAAUUCGCUCCCAAAGCCAUCAUCGACGGCGUGAACAUUCAAGACUACCUUCAACGUCACUUCCUUGAUGCCAACAAGAUUCUGGCCCAACGCAUAAAAGAGGCAGGCGACCUGGAGAACGAUGUUGUCAUUGGUUGGGAGAGCAUGAACGAACCAAACAGAGGCUACAUAGGCUGGGAGGAUCUGUCCAAAUGGCCAGCUGACCAGAACUUGAAGAAGGGGCCUGCACCUACAGCAUUCCAGUCAAUGCUCACUGGUCUCGGCAGAGCCGUGGAACAAGACACAUUCGAUUUUGGCAAUUUUGGUCCUUACAAGUCUGGCAGUGAGCUUGUCGACCCCAAGGGGGAGAUCGCCUGGCUGCCUGUAGGUUACGACGAUUCGCGAUACGGCUGGAAGAGAGACGCCAACUGGAAGCUCGGUGAGUGUCUCUGGGCUCAGCACGGAGUCUGGGACCCUGAGAAUGACAAGCUGCUCAAGAAAGAUUAUUUCUUAAAAGUGCCUGUCUCGGGCGAGACGAUUACGCACGAGUACUACACCAACAACUUCUGGCUGAAUCACUACCGCGCGUACAGAGACACCAUCAGAGGCAUAUUCCCAGACACCAUCAUGUUCUGCCAGUCUUCGCCUUUCGAGGUACCAGCAUCGAUCAAGGGCACCAAAGAUGACGAUCCGCAGAUGGUCUUCGCACCUCACUUUUACGACGGCAUCACUCUCAUCACAAAGAAAUGGAACCGAUUCUGGAACGUCGAUGUGGUUGGCAUUAUGCGCGGCAAAUACUUGAGUCCCGCCUUUGCUGUAAAGAUCGGAGAGAGUGCCAUCAGAAACUGUUUCCGCGACCAGCUCAAGUACUUGCGCGAAGAAGGCGAGGAGAAAAUGGGCGCUCGACCCACCGUCUUUACCGAAAUUGGUAUCCCGUACGACAUGGACGACAAGUAUGCGUACAAAACCGGCGACUACACCAGCCAAACGCUCGCAAUGGACGCAAACCACUACGCGUUGGAGGGUUCUGGUGUAGCAGGUUUUGCUCUUUGGACCUAUGUGCCAUCAAACAACCACUACUGGGGUGACAACUGGAACGGCGAAGACCUGUCCAUCUACUCUGUCGACGACAAGCAAUUGCCCACUUCACCCGAGGUGGACAGUGCAACAUACAACCCAGAGUCCCCAUCAUACUCAGAAGGUAGAACAUCCGGAGACGCGUCGGUCAGCCCAUCAAUACUGAAGAGGACAUUAUCUGUAGAUCGAAUGAGCGCCUCCAAAACACCUUCUAUCAGCUCCGAUGGCGUCGGCAUGCGUGCAGCCGAAGCAUACGUAAGACCGACCCAGACAGCAACACACGGCCGUGUCGUGUCCCACGGAUUCGACCUCAAAAACUGCACUUUCCAUUUGACACUCUCUGCGCCUAGCCCAACGUCUGAAGAUGCACCUACCGAGGUCUUUUUGCCGGAAUACCACUUCCCUCAAGGCAAGACUGAAGUCGAGGUGCUGGGAGGAAAGUGGAAGAUCAGCGUGGAUCAGACAGAGGGCGCGUCACAACAAGUACUGCGGUGGUGGCAUGCGGCAGGCGAGCAAAAGUUGACUAUCAGAGGACCUAAGAGACGACAGGGUACGGCGAUUGAUUCGGAAGCCGAAGCGGGAUAUCUAGAUCAGUGCAAAGAGACUGGCAAGUCUUGCAUUAUGAUGUAG